GGCUUAAUUCGGUCGCAUUCUUUUGUCAUCCAUCAUUAUAUUAUUGUUGCUGUUAUUAUUAUUAUUAUUACGUGCACUAAAGUUUUCUAUUCAAAAUUGCCAACGAUAUGAAAUAAAGAAAAAUUAGUUCCUUGUGCUGCCAACGGACAGCAGCAUUGUAAAGCCCCAUUGUCGUCGAGUCGGAACUAUUUCUGUAUGAAUUUGUAGCUGGUGUUUCCUCCGGAUGAUAAUAAAAAAACGCACACAGUUGCUGUGGCAACCGAUGCUACUUCCGGCUAUAGCCAAGCGAUUUGAAUGUUAAACGCGGCGACCGACGGAGUAAACAAGCUUUUUGUGUGUUAUUCUAGUGAUCUGUUUUCCUUUACAAGGUCGCUCCAAAGUUAAGAUGUCGGCCAUCAGCAGCCUUAUUCCUGCUCGAUUCCUAACAAUCAUCGCCCACCUUGUGAUUGUCAUCACCAUCUUUUGGACGAGGGAAUUUAACGUGAAGGCGUGCUUGCCUUUGGAGUUCACACAAGAGCAAUACGACAGUGAGGAUUUAAAGUUGGUGGUGGCCCUGUCAGUCACACUUGUGUUAUUUGCAAUUGAGUUAGCUGGCUUCUUUUCGGGAGUGUCCAUGUUCAAUGGCAGCCAAGGCCUUCUGUCUUUGACAGUCCACUGCAGCGCAUCUGUUUCCUUGUCUUAUUUUGUUUUUGAGAAGUGGGAGUGCUGGACCUAUUGGGUUAUUUUUGUACCCUGCAGUGUGCUGCCUGCCCUCAUGGAGAUUCUUCUGUUUAUCGCUGUUUUUGGACUUGCAAAGAAGCCGUUAUGAUGGAGUAAAUGUUGACUAGGAAUUUGUCGUGCAGUAUUCAAUUCAUCAUGCUAGUGGUUAGCAAAGUCUGACUCACAGUUGAGAGGUUCUGGUUCAGAAUCUCUUCUCGGGAUGUGGAUUUUGCAAUUUGCAGACUUGCCUGGUCCCUUUUUCCUUUAUUGUUGUUUUUAACACUAUUAUAUCCUACUGUAUGUAUUUUAUUUUUUAUAUUUAUUAAAUUUUCAUCGCAUAUUCUA